CAAUCAUGGCGUCUACGGUGGAGAGUAAAGUCGAGGAGCGGAAAGAUACAAACGAAAAACCCAUCGAUAGAGAGAAGACAUGUCCAUUAUUGCUGAGAGUGUUUUGUUCAAAUGGCCGACACAACAGCUUAGCAGAAUACAGACGAGGGAACACCCCCCCUAAUGAACUGCAAAUUUACACGUGGAUGGAUGCCACGCUAAGGGAGAUUGGUAGUCUAAUUCUGGAAGUAAACCCUGACACUCGUAGACGAGGUACUGUGUUUGAGUUUUGUUUGGUCUGCCUGGAAUCCACCAAGAACAUGGGACGUCUGAAAACGCUUGGAUCAAUUACCAUUGGUCAGAAGGGUUUUGAUGACAACAAAACGCUCGCACAGUUAGGAUUCAUCAUUGGAGACUACCUUGACAUUGCCAUCACCCCCCCAAGCCGAGGACCUCCACAGCGCCGCAUGCUGAGGCCGUACUAGUCAUUUCCUGUGAGGGUGUGGAGAGCUUUCAUUUCCAGAGAGUUUGAUGUGUAUGAGUCUUCAAGGAACUGAUUCUUUAAAAUGAUCGUUUUUAUCUGAGGUUUCUUUCCAGUAACAAUAUUUUUUGUUGAACGUAAAAUCAUCUGUUAUAUCUAGAUCCAAAAUUUGGAUCAGGCUUUCUAUAUGUAUAUUUUUUGUUCUUGAAUGGCACACUGUAAAAGCCAACUUUUGCAUUGGUUGUGUCGGUGAGAACGAAUGGCCAUUCCUUUAUAACGUGAACUGAAGUUUAUUCAAAGUUAUAUUAUGCUAAGAAUUACGAAGCUUCAUUUUCUGCAAGAAAAGAGAAAAAUCUGCAAAAGGGCAUUAGAUUGCACUUUGACUAUAUUUCUUAACUUUACUUUAUCCCUUGACAAAAAAGCUGUUCUCAAUAAGGUCCAGAUAGAUAGUGAUAAAACAUUAUCGUAAUUUUUAAAGGAGGUAUUUGGUAUUUGGAAAAAUGUUGGUGUAAUUCCUAGAUAAUUUAGCACAGUACUGAGAAUUUGUAGUAUGUAAAAGAGUAUGUAUGAGCAUUUUAAUACAAAAAAAAAAAAUGUAUUACAAUAUAAGAAUACACAUUGGAAUACAGUG